AUGUUCAUAUUUAUACUCGACCAGUUACAUCCUUUGAUUCAUUCCGUUCUUCUUUCUGAGUAUCUAUCUAUCUAUCUAUCUAUCUAUCUAUCUAUUUAUCUAUUUAUCUAUCUAUCUAUCUAUCUAUCUAUCUAUCUAUCUAUCUAUCUAUUUCAAUUCAGUCUAACUAUAUAUCUAUAUAUGUCUGCCUCAAUCUGUUUCUGUUUCUGUAUCUAUAUCUAUCUAUCUAUCUAUCUAUCUAUAUCUAUCUAUCUAUCGGCUAGCUACUUAGCUAGUUAUCUCUAUUUUAUCUAUCUAUAUCUUAUCUAUCAUGAUAUCCAGCCACCUUUUACGUAUUUAUCUAGGUCCCUUUAUAUCUAUCUAUAUAUCGCAGCCUCUUUGCUUUCUGUUAUCUAUCUAUCUCAUCUAUCUAUCUAUCUAUCAUCUAUCUAUCUAUCUAUCAUCUAUCUAUUUCAUAUCUAUCUAUCUAUCUAUCUAUCUAUCUAUCUAUCUAUCUAUCUAUCUAUCUAUCUAUCUAUCUAUUUCAGUUUUAUUCAUUCAUUCAUUCUAUCUAUCUAUUCAUCUAUCUAUCUAUUCAUAUUCAUCUAUCUAUCUAUCUAUUUCAUAUCUAUAUCUAUCAUUCAUCAUUUAUCUAUAUCUAUCUAUCUAUUCAUUAUCUAUCUAUCUAUUUCUAUCUUAUCCCUCUUUCUAUCUAUCUAUCUAUCUAUCUAUCUAUCUAUCUAUCUAUCUAUCUAUGUACCUAUCUCUCUCAGCUUCUACCUAUCUAUCACGGUCAUUUUCUAUCUCAAUUACCUUUUACGUAUUUAUCUCGGUCUCUUUAUAUCUAUCUAUCUAUAUAUCUGUCUAUCUGUCUGCCUGUCUGUCUAUCAAAAUCUGUCGUGA